UAAUCACGUUUUCUUCUGACGACAGUACGUCUGUGCGAUAGAGUAAAUAGAAAACGAAGAGAAGGAAGACGUUUGCAUAGUAUUUCGUGGGGCUGGGACAGAUUAACUUUAUAAUAAAAUAUACCUAUGUAUCCGACCAAUACUUAGUAAGUAAUCUUUUACUUACCCUUUCAAAUCAGUUUUACCCGCUGGAAGGUAAGCACGUCGCAUACUAUAAUUAUUAUUACCUAACCAUGUUUUAGGUACCUACCUAGUAUAUUGGUGAUAUUGGUCCUGUAUACAGACAAAAAUUCACCUAUAAGCAGCAUUUAUUUUUAGUGUUUGGUGUACCCUAAAUGAUUCAAUUAUAGUUCUAGUGGAGAUAUUUAUCGGAAUCGAUAUUCGCUUAUCUACUCAUUUAAUUAUCUUAAUUAAGCAAAUUUUACAAAAACGAAAUGUAAGCACUGCAAUCUUUUCCCAUCGACCAUAUCGAUAUGAUAGUAAACAAUUUCGUUAUAUAAACUCCUCAUUCUUUCUCUGGUUGCAGUUCUUGGUAUUAGAUCACGUAGGACGGUUUAAAAUUUUAAGCUCGAAAUGCCUCCGAACGUAAUUGAUGUACCUUUUCAACAAGAUCCUGAGAAAGUUUAUAAUCAAGCCGAGCUUGACAAACCAUCUGCUUCUCAGUCCGCAGUAUCUCAGGAUAAUUAUUAUUUAAACAUUAUACAAUCCACUUUGAAUCUGCUGGCACACAUCUCUGUUGGAGUCACCGUAGGAGUUAGCUUACUGUUCGCGCUUCGUAAUGGUCUUCCGAUUGGUGCAACGCCGCAACAUGUUAUUUUGUGUGUUCUGGGGUAUCAACUAUUGAUGGCCGAAGCGAUUCUCAGUCUGAGCCCCCAUAAUGGCUGGUCGUCAAGGCUCAAAUUUGUAGACAAGAGACGUGCCCACUGGAUCCUGCAGCUCCUCGGGUCUGGACUGGCUUUGGCCGGUUGCUUCAUUAAGAUCCUCGACAAGAGUGUCCAUUGGAAUACUUUACAUGGACAGUUUGCACUGGUGUCCAUGGUGUUUACAACAGUGUCACUGGUAAACGGUCUGACGUCGCUCUACGCUUAUGAGCUCAGCAAGUUCCGCUUGUCACCCAGCCUCUCGAAGCUCACCCACAUCUGCUUCGGCACCGUGGGUUUCGUCGCUGCUUCCAUCUCCCUCUGUUACGGAUUCGACAAGAACCAGUUCAGGAACUGGGCAUCUGGCAACUUUACCACGGCAAUGAUCAGUUUUGUUUCUGCCUUAACCAUUAUUAUCAUCAUCAACCCGUUCAUUACCUUCUUUAAUAGAAGUCGAGGAUUAUUUAAAAAUAAUUAAUCCGAAAAGAUCUGAAUCUCAACCAUAUUUGUCGCUUAGAUGAUUAUUUAUUUAUUAAUUAAUAUUAGUGUAAUCAAAUUAUCUCUGUGUGUUAGGUUAAGGUGGUGUACACUCAAAAUCAUAUUGGUAAACUAAAUAAAUUAUCAAUAACUAAUAUGCAGUAUUUUUCAUUAUAAUACAUAUUAGUUUGUUUUUCAUUAAUUCCCUAAAAAGUUUUCUUUGCUAUGGAUUAGAUAGGUAAAUUUACAUUUUGACAAUAGAUAAAAAUUCAAGUAUGUUUUCAGCCAAAAUUACUGCAGUGUAAUUACCUUUAUAAAAUCGUACA